UGUUGAGCAUCCACUUUUGUUCCUUUUGUCAUAUAUAAAUUGAACAAGCAAGCAGUAAAUACUUGAUUUGAUUCAAAUAUGGGACCAGAGUCUGAAUCUGUUUGUGUGACGGGCGCUUCGGGUUUCAUCGGCUCAUGGCUCAUCAUGAGACUCUUAGAGCGCGGUUACACUGUUCGAGCCACCGUGAGGGAUCCUGCGAAUCAGAAGAAGGUGAAGCAUCUGCUGGACUUGCCAAAGGCCGAGACGCACUUGACGCUGUGGAAGGCUGACCUGGCCGACGAGGGAAGCUUUGAUGAAGCCAUUCAAGGCUGCACCGGAGUGUUCCAUGUCGCCACUCCUAUGGAUUUUGAGUCCAAAGACCCCGAGAACGAAGUGAUCAAGCCAACAAUAAAUGGGGUGCUAGACAUCCUCAAGGCAUGCCUCAAGGCAAAAACAGUUCGAAGGCUGGUGUUUACAUCCUCCAUUUUUAUCUAUUUUUUUCCCAUGUCUUUUCAUUUUUGCAUUUUGUUAUUGAACCGCAUGUACUUCGUCUCCAAGACUCUAGCUGAGCAAGCUGCAUGGAAGUUUGCCAAAGAAAACAACAUUGAUUUCAUUACCAUUAUCCCAACUCUUGUGAUUGGUCCAUUUCUCAUGCCAUCCAUGCCACCAAGCCUCAUCACCGGACUUUCCCCACUCACUGGAAAUACAUCUCAUUAUUCGAUUAUAAAGCGGGGGCAGUUCGUUCACUUGGACGACCUCUGCCUCUCUCACAUAUACUUGUACGAGCACCCUAAAGCAGAGGGCCGCUACAUUUGUUCUUCCCAUGAUGCUACAAUUUACGACAUUGCAAAAUUGCUGAGAGAAAAAUACCCCGAGUACAAUAUUCCCACAAAGUUCGAUAACAUUGAGGAGAACUUGACGAACAUCCAUUUUUCUUCAAAGAAGUUGACGGACCAAGGGUUUGAGUUCAAAUACAGCUUGGAGAACAUGUUCGUAGGGGCUGUUGAUACCUGCAGAGCAAAGGGUUUGAUCCCUGAGAAACAUGAGGCUGACGACAACACCGUCGUCGAUGUCAAAGUCUCCGGUUAAGGAAAAAAUAUUGAUCCAUAGUUGAGGUUUACAUUUUGUGUCAUGGACUAGUGUCUGUUGGGUUCUUUUUUUGUUGGUGGCGUUUUUCUGGUUGGACUUGAUGUCUGCUGUUAAAAGGCUUCAAAUAAAAUUCUGUUGGGGUUGUGUAUGAGAAUGUGGCUAUGUAGAAAAGUUAAUCUGCAAUUAACUAUGAUCAAAUCUGGCUAUAUAUUAAUUAAAAAGUAUGCUACUCAUUAUCCAGAAUGAAAUUAUAUUGAGGAUAUUUUGUAUU